GUUUGGGCCGAGUUCAACAACGGGGUGGCGGCAGCUCUUCAGGUUGCAACCUCUACAGAAGUCUCUCGUGGUUGGAUUGCUCACCACAGGUCCGUCUCUUCCAACCCAGCCUCUGCCGAUGGCCAGGUUUCAAGCAAUGCUCACGCGGGAUUCUUGCUGGGCCUGGGUUUGCGGGGCUGUUUAAAAGUCCUACCAGUGGCGGAUUGUUACAAGUACUUGCGCCUGCAGCACGAAACCACGAGCGCGGCGGUGAUUUUGGGCCUUGCAGCCUCCAACCUGUCCAGCAUGGACGCUGCCUUGACACGGACGUGCUGUGUGCACAUCCCAUCCAUGCUUCCAGCAACCUUCUCUGAUGUGGAGGUGUCAAGUCCCGUGCAGUGCAGCGCAGUGUUGUCCUUGGGUUUGCUCUAUGCAGGCUCAGGGCAUCGCAUGAUGACAGAGCUGAUGGUGGCAGAGAUCGGUCGCAAGCCUUCAGAUCGCGUGUUGCACGACCGCGAGAGUUACUCCUUGGCCGCAGGCGUCGUGGUGGAACCAGUGGGACGUGCGGAACCUCGACCCACGCUGCGGCCCAAACAGCGGGUGAUCUUACACGGCUUGGAGGCGAAGGAGUUCAACGGCAAGAAGGGAAAACUCAUGUUCCUGGACGAGUCCCUAAAGCCGCCACGAUGGCAUUUGACGCUGGAAAGCGAUCCAUCCGUCGUGCGUGUGGCGCUGCAGAGUCACUGCUGGGAGGCAAAGUGGAACAAUGUGCAGCAUGGCGUGAAUUUGUUGCUGACCGGCGUGGUGUACCAAGCGAGCAAUUUGUGGUUCAGUCGAGUGGUGUGCUGUGCUUCAUCCAACCGAUCAAAGAACAAGACCAGAAUGUGUUUAGCGGAAGGAGAUGGUCAAUGA